GUGCCACGGGCGCCCUCACUCCUUCCGAGGGCGGGAAGCCCAGGAUCCCUGAGAAGACGCUCCAUUGAGGGGGGCAGCGCGACAGGGGCCGCCGGAGACUGACCGGCGCCUGGGACGCCAUGAACCCCGACGGGGGCCCGCAGCACAGCCCCGGGGGAGAAGCGGGGCGGACGCCGCAGGCCGAAGAAGCUUUGGAAGCCGCUUCCCUCCGCUUCUCCCGGGAGGAGUGGGCAGCGACGGGGGACCGGGAGGAAGGCCGGUGCCGGAGCGUGCAGCGGAGACAAAGGUUUUGUCUCUUUCCAGGUCUCAGGGCCCCGCGACCAGCUUUCCCGUGUCACCACCGCGGGCUCCAGGAGGAGGACCCCGAGGACUCUGAUGAAGAAUGGACUCCAAGGCAGCGAGUGAAACCUUCUUGGGUGGCCUUCAGAAGGGAACAGAGUAAACACCAGAAAGCAACAUCCAGGGUGCCAUUAAGCAAUGAAUACAGUUUAAAGGAAUUGUCAGGAACAGCAAAUGUGAUGACUGCAAGUGACUCAGAGCAGGCCCAGAAACCAGUGUCCUCUCCUGGAGAAGCAUGUGUCUUUGGAAAGCACACUAGACGAAAAUCGGAACUCAGGAGAAAGGAGAUGGACGUGAAGAUGUACAGCCUACAGGAAAGGAAGGGCCAUGUGUACCAAGAGGUCACCGAGCCCCAGGAUGAUGACUACCUUUAUUGUGAGAAGUGUCAGAACUUCUUCAUCGACAGCUGUGCUAUGCAUGGGCCCCCUACAUUUGUAAAGGACCGUGCAGUGGACAAGGGGCAUCCCCACCGCUCAGCCCUCACCCUGCCCCCUGGGUUGCAAAUUGGGCCAUCCAGCAUCCCUGAGGCUGGGCUUGGAGUGUGGAAUGAAGCAGCUGAUUUGCCAGUGGGUCUGCACUUUGGCCCUUAUGAAGGACACAUCACAGAAGAUGAGGAGGCAGCCAAGAGCAGAUACUCCUGGCUGAUCGCCAAAGGGAGAAACUGCUAUGAGUAUGUGGAUGGAAAGGACAGAUCCUGGGCCAACUGGAUGAGGUUUGUGAACUGUGCCCGGGAUGAUGAAGAGCAGAACCUGGUGGCCUUUCAGUACCACAGGCAGAUUUUCUACCGAACCUGCCGGGUCAUCAGGCCAGGCUGUGAGCUGCUGGUCUGGUGCGGGGACGAGUAUGGCCAGGAGCUGGGCAGCAAGUGGGGCAGCAAGUGGAAGAGAGAGCUCACGGCUGGGAGAGAACCAAAACCAGAGGUGCACCCAUGUCCCUCUUACUCUCUGGCCUUCUCCAGUCAGAAAUUUCUCAGCCAACACGUGAAACUCAAUCAUCCCUCUCAGAUUCUCCAGGGAACAUCUGCAAGAAAACACCUCCAAGCAGAGGAACCCUGCCCAGAGGAUCAGAAUCAGCAGCAGCAACAUACUAGUACGCACAGCUGGAAUGAUAAAGCUGAAGGUCAAGAGGUGAAAGAAGGGUCCAAACAUUUGCUUAAAAGGAUCAGUCAGAGGAGAAUCUCAAGACCCUUUUUCCAACCUUCCAAAGAACAAAUGAGCUCUAGUGAGCACGAGAGAAUGAUGGAAGAAGAGCCCCAGAGAGGCCAGAAAGAGAACCCAGAGGACACAGGCAAGUUCUUUGUGAAAGCAGGAAUGUCAAAAAUUGUAACCAUCGAUCAUGGAGGGUGUUGGCAAGGCUUUAAUGAUGGGUCACAUCUCAUCACACAUCAGGAGACACACUCUGGGGAGAAGCCCUAUGUUUGCAGGGAGUGCGGGAGAGGCUUUACACAGCAGUCACAUCUUAUCAGACACCAGAGGACACACUCUGGGGAGAAGCCCUAUGUUUGCACUGACUGUGGACGAGGCUUUACACAGCAGUCACAUCUCAUCAGACACCAGAGGACACACUCUGGGGAGAAGCCCUAUGUUUGCAGGGAGUGUGGGCGAGGCUUUACACAGCAGUCACAUCUCAUCAGACACCAGAAGACACACUCUGGCGAGAAGCCCUAUGUUUGCAGGGGAUGCGGGAGAGGCUUUACACAGAAAUCAUAUCUCAUCGCACACCAGAGGACACAUUCUGGGGAGAAGCCCUAUGUUUGCAGGGAAUGCGGGCGAAGCUUUACCUGGAAGUCAGUUCUCAUCACACACCAGAGGACACACUCUGGGGAGAAGCCCUAUGUUUGCAGGGAGUGUGGGCGAGGCUUUACACGGAAGUCGUAUCUCAUCAGACACCAGAGGACACACUCUGGGGAAAAGCCCUAUGUAUGCAGGGAGUGCGGACGAGGCUUUACACGGAAGUUAUAUCUCAUCACACACCAGAGGACACACUCUGGGGAGAAGCCCUAUGUAUGCAGGGAGUGCGGACGAGGCUUUACCUGGAAGUCAGUUCUCAUUGCACACCAGAGGACACACUCUGGGGAGAAGCCCUAUGUUUGCAGGGAGUGUGGGCGAAGCUUUACACAGCAGUCACAUCUCGUUGCACACCAGAGGACACACUCUGGGGAGAAGCCUUAUGUUUGUAGGGAGUGUGGGCGAGGCUUUACACAGAAGUCAGUUCUCAUCGCACACCAGAGAACACACUCAGGGGAGAAGCCCUAUGAUUGCAGGGAGUGCGGGAGAGGCUUUACACGAAAAUUAUAUCUCAGUGCACACCAGAGGACACACUCUGGGGAGAAGCCCUAUGUUUGCAGGGAGUGCAGGCGAGGCUUUACACAGCGGUCACAUCUCAUCAGACACCAGAGGACACACGCUGGGGAGAAGCCCUAUGUUUGCAGGGAGUGCGGGCGAGGCUUUACACAGAAGUCAUAUCUCAUUACACACCAGAGGACACACUCUGGGGAGAGGCCCUAUGUUUGCAGGGAGUGUGGGCGAGGCUUUACACGGAAGUUAUAUCUCAUCACACACCAGAGGACACACUCAGGGGAGAAGCCCUAUGUUUGCAGGUGGAGUGAGUGAGUUAUUAGCAUUAAGUCACAUAUCAAUAGCCAUAGGAAGUCUACAUUCCCUUACUCUCCCCAAGAUUGUAAUUAGUGGAGAAGUAACUGGUUAAACAAACCCUCCAGUUUCAUGACAAGAGAUGGACAAACAGUUCCACAGUAAUAUGGGAAUGCCAGCAACAAAUUCAUUCAUGGUUUUUUGACCUGUUAUAAAACAUUUUGUCUCCAUACACAUUUUCCUCAUCACUGAAAGCAGAGGGUUUCUGAAGAACUCCCUGCCACAAAAGACUCAUACUCUCAGCCACAGAAAUUUGAGGCCUGCAAAUGUAUAAUCUGGAGUCAGUCUACUUUGGUUACUGCGCAGAGAGAGGGAUUAGAGACAGACUCAUCAGGGAAGGGAAUUUCCUGGACUCCUCAGAAAGGGGCCUUUUCUCCUAAUCAGCUCCGCACCCCUCCUUCAGUGGCUUCUCUUGGCUCUUCUCCUAGUUUCCUACAACCUCUGGAGCCACAGAGGUGAAUGAAUGGCAGGGAGGGAUGGAUGCUUGUGCACGGGUGUGAGCCUGGCUCAGUCUGGGCACUUGGUCUUCCUUACUCCUUGCUGCCCCUUCAGGGUCAGCAUUUCCUGGUGCACAGCACACAGAUUCCACAUCAGUCCAUAGUAGGUGAGAGUCUCGGCUCUGUCUCCUCCAGCUGUGUGACCUAAGGCAAGAUUCUCAACUUCUCUCUGCUUCCUAGUCUGUUCAGUGGAAAUGGGAACUCCAGCCUUUCAGUUUGACAUUCAAAGUUGAGUCAGCACAGACAGAAUCUGGCAAGAGGUCACUGAGAUCGCAAGUCCUGCUGAACAGUUUUCAGUGCCCAUGUCUUGCAGGUCUUUAGUGCUGGACUAAGGAAGAUAAGGACAGGGUAGGGGUCUGCAGCCAAAUUCAGAAUUUGAGCAGACCUCACUGCUUUCUCCACAUAGACUCAGCUGCCCUGAGGAGGCCUGAGGUAGGAGAUGUGCUUCCCUCUAGGUCACCACCCUCUCACUGACCCUGAGCAUCCUCAGAGCCUCCUCAACACAGGCAGGUGGUGCUGAGAGUGGCCUGUGAAAAAAGACCCUCACCCACCCCUUGCUGAGAACUGACACUGGGAACAGCACCUGCCUGCACUGGGGUGUUAGGGUAGAUGGCGAGCCAAGGCAGGGAGGACGAGGAAGAUGGUUUUCACCCACUGACUCAGCAGUCCUUCGCCUGGUCCAGUUCUAUUGCCAGAUGUUCCAACAUCACAAAAAAUACCAUGCUAACACGUUGAAAUCCUAGGUAUUGUUUCCACUAUCUGGCAAAGGCUUUCAAAGUGUAUUCAUCCCAAGGCCUAGAAGAUGGGAGGGGAUUCGCAGCAUUCAUGGAAAGGGCCCAUAAAACAAAUUUGGCUAAUAGCUUUCCUCUGGCCACUACCUGUUUUAUGAGAGGGUCCCUAGUGCUUACAGAAAGAGCCCAUAGGUAACUUUGGGUAACGGCCUCAACUUAACUGUAACUGUCUCCUGUCACAGAUCUAUUGUACAAGAUGACCAAAUGGGGUCAGAAGUGAGAUAAGGAUUCAGGCUAAUGACCGCCACACAUACCUACGUUUGGGUAGUCACUUUCCCCAUGGAAGCUGGCACCACUUUUACCCACCAAUCAGUAUCUAACUGCUUCACCUCCCAUCCCAACUAUGUAAGUCCUCAGGACAAAGGGCCUGGUGCUCUUGCCAUCCAAGCUCUUGCCUUUCACCCCCACCUCAGCAAGACCUGUUCUCUUCCAUGAGAAUGUGUCACUAAUAAACCCUGCUUGCACGCUAAUACACUUGAUCUGUAAUCCUUUACUGUGCUGGCAAGAAGGACCGGGUUUCUCCUGUGACAGGUGUACCCAGUCUGCAUGUGGCAAUUCAUGAAGCUCAACACAGCAGGUUCUGUAAUCCACUCUCCUUGUGCCUGGGUCCCACAGGCCUUCAUACAUCACUGACACCAUAUUGAAAUGAGUACUUAUUUUAUCUUUAAACUUUUGUUUGUAAGUCUGAUGGGAUAAUCACAUGCACAAUGUUGGUCGUUCCUAGCCAUCCAUCCACAAAUAAUGUCCACAAUGGCCCAGGAGCACAAAAUUCCCAUGGACCCAGUGGGUGGGAGUCCAUCAGGACUCAGGGUGAGAACAGGGUAAACAUCUACAUCUGCAUAAGCAUAAGGAAGGGUGCUAACAGCUCCCAGAGGCACUUUUCUAAGAACCAGAGCUGAGUUCAAUACACAGAGAUGGAAAACAUUUAGUGAGGACCCCAUCGUACCCUCUCCUGUGUGAGGGAGACCUAAGCAUGACCCACCCUGUUCCUGCUGGGGUGGGUUCACCAGUGGGGGACACCCACCCCCAUGAACUGGAACAAUGACCUUUCUGUCUUCCCGGUGCCAAGCUUGUAAAGAGUGUCUACAUGAACUACAUGGAUUUCAAUAAUAAAUAUCCACUAUUA